AUGAUAAAUACGAUACAUAAAAACAGCGGCUUUCAGAUCUUGAGUUUCCGCCAUACGGAGUGCGAUCUCUGGGUUCACGUGUCCCUCCAGCCUUCACCUGUCCCUCCAGCCUUCACCUGUCCCUCCAGCCUUCACCUGUCCCUCCAGCCUUCACCUGUACCUCCAGCCUUCACCUGUCCCUCCAGCCUUCACCUGUCCCUCCAGCCUUCACCUGUCCCUCCAGCCUCCACCUGUCCCUCCAGCCUUCACCUGUACCUCCAGCCUUCACCUGUACCUCCAGCCUUCACCUGUCCCUCCAGCCUUCACCUGUACCUCCAGCCUUCACCUGUACCUCCAGCCUUCACCUGUACCUCCAGCCUUCACCUGUACCUCCAGCCUUCACCUGUACCUCCAACCUUCACCUGUACCUCCAGCCUUCACCUGUACCUCCAGCCUUCACCUGUACCUCCAGCCUUCACCUGUACCUCCAGCCUUCACCUGUACCUCCAGCCUUCACCUGUACCUCCAGCCUUCACAUGUACCUCCAGCCUUCACAUGUACCUCCAGCCUUCACCUGUACCUCCAGCCUUCACCUGUACCUCCAGCCCUCACAUGUCCCUCCAGCCCUCACCUGUCCCUCCAGCUCUCACCUGUCCCUCCAGCCUCCACCUGUACCUCCAGCCUUCACCUGUCCCUCCAGCCUUCACCUGUACCUCCAGCCUUCACCUGUACCUCCAGCCUUCACCUGUACCUCCAGCCUUCACCUGUACCUCCAGCCUUCACCUGUACCUCCAGCCUUCACAUGUACCUCCAGCCUUCACCUGUACCUCCAGCCUUCACCUGUACCUCCAGCCUUCACCUGUACCUCCAGCCUUCACCUGUACCUCCAGCCUUCACCUGUACCUCCAGCCUUCACCUGUACCUCCAGCCUUCACAUGUACCUCCAGCCUUCACCUGUACCUCCAGCCUUCACCUGUACCUCCAGCCCUCACAUGUCCCUCCAGCCCUCACAUGUCUCUCCAGCCUCCACCUGUCCCUCCAGCCUUCACCUGUCCCUCCAGCCUUCACCUGUACCUCCAGCCUUCACCUGUACCUCCAGCCUUCACCUGUACCUCCAGCCUUCACAUGUACCUCCAGCCUUCACCUGUACCUCCAGCCUUCACCUGUACCUCCAGCCUUCACCUGUACCUCCAGCCUUCACAUGUACCUCCAGCCUUCACCUGUACCUCCAACCUUCACAUGUACCUCCAGCCUUCACCUGUACCUCCAGCCUUCACCUGUCCCUCCAACCUUCAUCUGUCCCUCCAGCCCUCACAUGUCCCUCCAGCCCUCACCUGUCCCUCCAGCCUUCACAUGUCCCUCCAGCCCUCACCUGUCCCUCCAGCCUUCAUCUGUCCCUCCAGCCCUCACAUGUCCCUCCAGCCCUCACAUGUCCCUCCAGCCUUCACCUGUCCCUCCAGCCCUCACAUGUCCCUCCAGCCCUCACCUGGUUCUCCAGCCCUCACAUGUCCCUCCAGCCUAAUUAUAUUUGAGAAUUUCGUGGCAAUGUAUUAA